GAAUGACAAAGACGAUCAGCCUCAGCUCGCAACACCAUCACGGGUUGCAACUUUUCUGCAUCACUGUGAGCGUUAGGUACUGUACAGCCUUUCGCCGCCCUCUCCGCUUGCAGAUCUUGCAUGCAACAGGGAAACUAGUUGCCGCACUCUCUCGCGAUCAAGCUGCCGCGUCAAGUCUCGCGAGUCUCGUUGCAACCGCAUGCACCUGCCACACGUCUACGCCUUUCAAUGCGGCUCUUAAAGUACGGAGAAGAUGGAGAGUUUAGUGUCACCCCUGACUUGGUUGACGAACACGCAAUACCUUGUUAUGCGAUCUUGUCUCAUACCUGGGCAGCGGAUGCGGACGAGGUGACCUUCGAAGACCUAGCCAAGAACGCUGGCAAGGACAAGUCUGGCUACAAGAAGAUCCAGCUCUGUGGAGAGCAGGCCAAGCGCGACGGCUUGCAACACUUCUGGAUCGAUACCUGCUGCAUUAACAAGGCAAACAAGGCUGAGCACUCGUUAGCCAUACAGUCCAUGUUUCGCUGGUACCGCAACGCAGCUCGAUGCUACGUCUACUUGCCAGACGUGUCUGCUCCACCUCUUGCCGCUGAGAGAGAAGGCAGCCCGCCGCUAUGGGACUCAGAGUUCCGAGAGAGCAGGUGGUUCACGCGCGGCUGGACGCUGCAGGAGCUUCUCGCACCUGGCUUGGUCGAGUUCCACUCACGUGAAUGGCACAGGCUCGGUGACAGGGUAUCCCUCCAGUCCCAGAUCUACGAAAUUACAACUAUCCCACGUCGUGUGCUUGAAGGUGCUCCCCUUUCUCAGUCCACUAUCGAGGAGCGGUUCCGAUGGAGACAGAAUCGGCACACGAAGCUCAAAGAGGAUGCGGCGUACUCUUUGUCAGGCAUCUUUGACGUUGACAUCGCGCCUGUCUAUGGUGAAGGGGCAGAAGAAGCAUUCAGACGACUUCAUGACAGGAUCCGGAAGCGGGAAGAGAACCUUCAGAAGCGGGAGGAAUGUCUCCGCGACUUACGUCCUACCGAUCCCCGUAACGACAAGAAGCGCAUCGAGGACACAAAGGGCGGCUUAUUGGAGGGAUCGUACCGAUGGGUGUUUGACAACAGUAGUUUCCAAGAAUGGCGCAACGACGCACAGAGUCAGCUGCUGUGGAUCAAAGGUGAUCCUGGCAAGGGCAAAACGAUGCUGCUCUGCGGCAUCAUCAACGAGCUACAGAAGACGAUCGCUAGUACCGCGUCUGUAACCUACUUUUUCUGCCAGGCCACUGACUCGCGCAUCAACAACGCUACGGCCGUGCUGCGCGGACUGUUGUACUUGCUUGUCAGUCAGCAGCCAGCACUCAUCACGCACAUUCGCAAGACAUACGAUCAGGCGGGCAAGACCAUGUUCGAGGAUGCAAACGCAUGGGUUGCCUUGACAGAGAUCUUUGCAGACGUGCUGCAGGACCUGAGCUUGGGCACUACCUACAUGAUCAUUGACGCGCUAGACGAGUGCGUCACUGACUUGCCAAAACUGCUUCACCUUGUCAUACAAGGGUCGUCUGCAUCUUCCCACGUCAAGUGGAUAGUGUCUAGCCGCAACUGGCCAGGCAUCGAAGAACAGCUAGAGCAAGCAGGGCACAAGGUAAGGCUGAGUCUUGAGCUGAAUGCAGAGUCUGUGUCGGCGGCUGUCAGCGUCUUCAUCCAGCACAAGGUGUCGCAGCUGGCACAGCAGAAGAAGUACGACAAGCAGACCCAAGACGCGGUGUUUGAACGUUUGACGACGAAUGCAAACGACACCUUCCUGUGGGUAGCGCUAGUGUGUCAGGACCUUCAAGCGACGGCGAGACGGAAUGUACUUAAGAAGCUGGACUCCUUUCCGCCAGGACUGAACGCGCUGUACGAGCGGAUGAUGCAGCAGAUCAGCGUGUCGGAUGACGCUGAACUUUGCAAGCAAGUGCUGGCCUCCAUCGCGCUUGUGUAUCGGCCAAUCACGCUGGAGGAGCUGGUGGUCCUUGCUGAAGCGCUCGAAGACAUGGUCGACAAAACAGAGGUGCGGGAUAUCAUCGGGCUGUGUGGAUCGUUUCUCACUCUGCGAGAAGACACGGUCUACUUUGUGCAUCAAUCCGCAAAGGACUUCCUCGUUACAAAGGCAUUCGACGAGAUCUUCCCAGAUGGGACCGAAGCCGUUCAUCGGGUGAUCUUCUCAAGGUCGCUCGUGGUUCUGUCCAGGACACUGCACAGGGACAUGUACAGCCUGGAAGAACUUGGAUUCUCCAUCGACAACGUCAAAACGCCUGACCCAGACCCACUAGUAGCGUCGCGUUACCCGUGCAUCUACUGGGUUGACCACCUGUACGAUUCGAAACCCAAGUCUUGGGCAAACAGUGAUGGUGAUGUGCAAGUCGGAGGUGUUGUCUAUGAAUUCAUAGGAAAGAGGUACCUCUACUGGCUGGAAGGGCUCAGUCUGUGCAAGAGCACGGCGAAAGGCAUAGUCUCGGUGUCGAAACUCUGCUCUCUGGCCCAGGAGAUGUGGGAUACGGACAAGCUUACUGCGCUUGUCCAAGACGCGCGCCGAUUCUUCAUGUACCAUAAAGGGGCAAUCGAGAGCUUCCCUUUGCAGACAUAUGCGUCUGCACUGCUGUUCAGUCCGACUGGGAGCGUGAUCAAAAGGCUGUUCCAGCACGAAGAGCCAGAAGGAAUCACUAUCAAGCCAGUGAUGAGUGACAGGUGGAGUGCCUGCCUGCAGACGCUCGAGGGCCAUAGCAAUGGGGUCAGCUCUGUAGCCUUCUCGCACGACUCGACUAAGCUGGCGUCGGCGUCAUACGACAACACCGUCAAGCUGUGGGAUGCGAACAGCGGCGCGUGCCUGCAGACGUUCACGGGCCAUAGCAAUGUUGUCAGCUCUGUAGUCUUCUCGCACGACUCGACCAAGCUGGCGUCGGCGUCAUACGACAGCACCGUCAAGCUCUGGGACGUGAGCAGCAGCACGUGUCUGCAGACGUUUAACAUCGGCAAGACACUUUACAACCUAUUAUUUGACUCCACCAACUCUUAUCUCCGUACUGAAAUAGGUACUAUCAGUAUCGAUAACUCGGAAACGUCGAGCAUAGCAGCUGUCGCUGAACCCGAGUGCCCUCCGUAUCUAGGCUCAACCCUUAACUCCGACAACACAUGGAUUAAGCAUGACGGCAAGAACAUGCUAUGGGUACCAUCAGAGUAUCGACCGUCAUGCUCGUCUGUGCGCGGGACCAAGGUUGGUAUGGGCGUUGGAUAUGGCAGAGUGUGGACUUGCAAUAUUGAUCUUCCACAUGCUCGUAUCUGUUUGUAGCGAAUGAUAGAGGAGCUGGUUCGCUCCUUCAAUGCGUCAUUCAUUCCAUAUCUCUAGUUAGUAAAAGGGGACAGGGAUGCGCACAUAAAUACUGGAUAAAUUUAGGUAUCGCUAUGUCGGAGGACCAAGAGUUAUUGUUGGAAGAGUGGCCGUCGACAUGUCAUACCAUUGAGUGGAUUUCGAGAAUCGAGUUCUUGGGUACAACUCGUCUAGCACCUGAUCGUAGACGCUUUAGAGAGCCGCCCGCAUGCCCCACAGCUAGAUCUACCUUUGGCAAAUAGUCAGGCGUAGGUAUAGCAUCAUAUUUGUUACAGUG